AUGCAAAGCCGGGGCAGCCUGGAGCAGCCGAGAGGCAUCAGCAAAGAACGCGAUGAACACCCGUGGCUUGAAGUGAGAAACACAAACACACUCGCAACCGCAGCCGGUCAAGGUCACCUCCUUCGCCGCCCAAAGAGCUACAGCCUUUCCAGUUGUCGCUGGUGCGUAUACUGGAAUGCAUUUGUGUGCGCACUGCUUGUCGAGUGGUUUGACGGUCGACCAGUCGCUUUUUUUUUGACCGCAGUCAAACGCCGAGAAGAACUUGCCUUCCCCGGGACUCCCCUCACAUCGGCCUCGCCACCCCCUUCCCGAGCACCUGCACUUCUUGGCUCCCGCCUUCAACGCUUUUCGCAGGUUCCUAGCCACCAAACUCUCGGCUUUUUCUCGCCACAGAGACAUUGUUGGACUGUUCGGUUCCCUUUCGCUCUCGACGGCGUCAGUGGCGCUGAUUUGCGGGCCUUUCCUGAGCAGAAGUUGCCACGUCCUUGCAACCCUCCCACCACAGUGUCUUCGCCUUCAACAGCGGCACCGGUAACGGCUUAG